AAGGGGCUGCGUUUAUGGUGGUUUCGAGGGUGGGGGUGAUUUUAAGGGUUGGGGUUGGUGUUAUUGGUGGAAUCGGGAGUUGGGGGAGGGGAUGGGGAUGGUUAUAGUUGGUUUUGGGUUUUAUGGUGGCGGUUUCAAGGCUGGGAUUGUGGCUAUUCCUGGUUUAGGGGGUGGGGAGAGGGAGUUGGGGCCGGUUUUAAGGGGGUGGGGCGGUUUCAGGGGGAGGUUUUGAUUUUUUUUUUUAUUGAUUUUUUCUUUAAUUUUUUAGACCACUUACGACUUGACACGUGUCAAGUGACCUUAAAUAUUAGGUUAUUGACUUUUGUUGACCAAUUUGGAAUUGUUAGAAAAAAAUGCAGGUGACUUUUAUAUCUCUGAUCAAUUUGGCGCCACGUUGCCAUGAAACACAGGAAUCAAACCAAUAACCAUUCUCUCUCUUCUUCAUCACAACUUUCAGUACCUUGAAGAUGACAACAAUGGCUUCGUCAACAGCCACUCCACUUCGAGCUCUUCUGUUCCACACCUCUCAACCACCUCCUAAACCUUCCAUUUCUCGACGCUUUUCUCUCUGUCAUCAUCAUCAUAUUCCACUCAUAAUCCCCCAAAAAACUACCCUUAAUUUUCCGCCAAAUCGCCAUUUUCAACUCACAAUUCCUUGUUAUGCAACUCGAAGCUCGUCGAAUAGAAAGAAUUCUGGGUUAGUAAGUGUAGAAGUUGAAGAUGAAUCUGAAUCUGAAUCUUUUCGUAGAAAAUUAACACAAGCAGUGUUGUGGGUUAUGGAAGGGGUCUACAUUGUUUGGCUCUUUUUGCUUCCUUUUGCACCUGGUGAUCCUGUAUGGGCUAUCAGUUCUGACACUAUCAAUGCUCUUGUGGGCCUUUCUUUAAAUUUCUUCUUUAUCUUGCCAAUGACAAAUGCUGUUGGUAUUCAUGCUAUAGAAGCCCCAGUUCUUCACCCAAUGUCUGAAGGGCUCUUCAACUUUGUUGUGGCAUGGACCUUCAUGUUUGCUCCUCUACUAUACACUGAUUUUAAGAACAGUAGGUACAAGGGAUCCCUGGAUGCGUUAUGGGGCCUUCAGAUGUUUCUGACAAACACAUUCUUGAUACCCUACAUGGCUAUCAGACUAAAUGGAGCUGAUGUAAGUGACUACCCAAGAAAGCCCUCUCAACUGGGUACUGUGAUGAUCAAAGGUGCUCCAGUAGUUGGUUUGAUUGGUGGUGCUGUGUGUGCAAUAUCCAUUCUGUGGGCUCUAUAUGGAAGAAUGGAUGGUGAUUUUGGAAAUUUAUAUGAAAGGUGGAAUUUCUUGUUGAGCUAUCUGGGAUCCGAGAGGCUCGCUUAUGCUUUUAUCUGGGAUAUUGUUCUUUAUAUGAUCUUUCAGCCUUGGUUGAUUGGUGAAAACCUACCAAAUGUUGCGGAAGACAGACUUAUGUUUGUAAAAUACGCUAGAUACAUACCGGUACUUGGCUUGCUUGCUUAUCUUCUUUGUCUGAAAAGAGAGGUAGUUGAAGAGCUGCUUGAAUGAUUGAUUAGGAGAAUAACUCAAGAUGAGAGUUUAGAUUCUUGAGUUUUCCUCUAUACAUUUUGUAGUUAACUCCGAUGUAAUAAGUAAUCAAUGAUAUUCAUGAUCCUUGAGAAUCGCUAAUCAUACAUUUCAUUUUUAUUUUUUUUAUUUUUUGUAACCUUCUAAUUCCCCUGUACCCUCACAUUGACUGUAUAACAGUAUUGAGAGAUUGAUGGAAGACUUCUUGGUGCAUCCCUACA